AAAAGAGAGACGUUUGUUGGGUUGGUUGUUUGUUCGUGUUGUGAAGAAAAAUGGGGGCGAGUAGAAAGUUACAGGGGGAGAUAGACAGGGUUCUGAAGAAGGUUCAAGAAGGCGUCGAGGUCUUCGACAGCAUCUGGAAAAAGGUUUACGAUACGGACAAUGCGAAUCAGAAGGAGAAAUUCGAGGCCGACUUGAAGAAGGAGAUCAAGAAGCUUCAACGAUAUCGCGAUCAGAUCAAGACUUGGAUUCAGUCCAGCGAGAUCAAGGACAAGAAGGUUAGUGCCUCUUAUGAGCAGGCCCUGGUCGAUGCUCGGAAGCUCAUCGAGCGCGAGAUGGAAAGGUUUAAAGUAUGUGAAAAGGAGACUAAAACAAAGGCAUUCUCUAAAGAAGGCUUGGGCCAACAACCUAAAACUGAUCCGAAAGAGAAGGCUAAAUCUGAGACAAGGGAUUGGUUGAACAACGUGGUUGGGGAGUUGGAAUCUCAGAUUGACAACUUUGAAGCUGAGCUCGAGGGACUAUCGGUUAAGAAAGGAAAAACAAGACCGCCUAGACUGGUGCAUUUGGAGACAUCUAUUGCUCGACAUAAGGCUCAUAUAAUGAAGUUAGAACUGAUCUUGAGGCUUUUAGAUAAUGAUGAAUUGAGUCCUGAGCAGGUCAAUGAUGUUAAAGACUUCUUGGACGACUAUGUUGAACGUAACCAGGAGGAUUUUGACGAGUUCAGUGACGUUGAUGAGCUUUACAGUUCAUUACCAUUGGACAAGGUGGAGACACUUGAAGAUCUUGUUUCAAUUGGGCCUCCGGGUCUUGUUAAGACCGUUGUAACGUCACCUCACCAACAGAGUAGUUCUGUCCGAGAACCAGUUGAAGAUGCAACUUCCCAGGACAGUAUUCCUGAGACAAUUGCUAAAACUCCACCUUCCAAAAGUAGUGUAAUGGGUUCUUCAACUGCAAUUACUCCAGCUGCGAGUCAUGCAACUUCCGCACCCAUAAAUAUUCCAUCUCAUAAUUUAUCUGUUGUUCCAACUGCUUCUGCAAUCCUAUCGGGUUCAAAUUCUGUCCGAGGCACCGAGAGCACUGGAGCUACUAGUUCUUCAUCUUCUGUAAAUGUUUCUACUCCAAUGAGGGAAGAAGAACCAGGAAGCUUUCCCGGCCUUAGAUCAUCUCCGUCUUUUUCAGAUACUGGACUUGUAAGAGGCAUUGGUAGAGGCGGAAUCUCAAGUCAACCGUUGCCUAGUGUCCCGCUUAGUUCCAAUAAUGUAGUACCUGGCAGUAGUGCCCUUGGCAUUGUUCCAUCUUCAUUCGACAUGGCAAAGAGAAACAUUUUGGGAGCGGAUGAGAAACUUGGGAGUAGUGGCAUGGUGCAGUCUCUUGUAUUGCCUCCAAGUAAUAAGACGAUGUUGCCUCAAGUUGCUAAGAGUAACAAUGGAACUGGCUCGCUUGAUUCUAGUAACGUUAGUGAGGCCUCUUCUGGACGAGUUCUUUCCCCUUCUAUGGUAUCUGGCAUGCCAUGGAGGCUGGGAAGUGAAGCGGGGCAGAUUCGUGGAAGAACUGAAACGGAACCUGAUCAGAGGGAGAAAUUUAUGCAGCGGCUACAACAAGCACAUCACAAUAACCCUCUUGGUCAUAAGCAGUUUUCUGGACAGCAGCAAAAUCCACUAUUGCAACAGUUUAUUUCUCAAAAUGCUUCUGUCUCUCAAGCUGGUAUUGGGCUUGGAGUCCAGAUGUCAGGCCUUGGCACUGUUCCAUCUUCCACCUUGCCGCAGCAGACAAGUUCCGUCCAUCAAUUGUCUAAUCAAUCGGCAUUGGUUUCAACUGGCGCAAAAGAAUCUGAAGUUGGUCAUGCAAAAGUCGAUGAGCAGCAGCAACAGAAUUCACCGGAUGAUUCAGCCGCUGACCCUACAACUAUUGGACUCAGAAAGAAUACCAUGAAUGAGGAUGAGUUGAAAGCUCCACAUGCCAUUGAUUCUCCAGUCGGAGUUUCAGGCUCAUUAAUAGAGCUAGCUCAAGUAUCAAGAGAUACUGAUCCCUCUGCCGGGCAACCAUUACAGGCCAAUCAAUCUUCUGGCAGCCUUGGUGUUAUUGGCCGAAGAAGUGUCUCCGAUCUGGGUGCCAUUGGUGACAAUAUUACAGCGUCAUCAACUGUUAACUCCGGGGGACUGCAUGACCAAUUGUACACUUUGCAGAUGCUUGAUGCUGCUUAUUACAAGCUCCCACAACCCAAAGAUUCCGAACGCCCAAGGAACUAUACUCCGAGGCAUCCCGCAAUUACUCCUCCUAGCUACCCACAAGUACAGGCACCAAUAGUUAACAAUCCGGCAUUUUGGGAACGACUAGGUCUCGAACCACCUUAUGGCAUUGACACACUCUUCUUUGCCUUUUAUCAUCAGCAGAACACUUAUCAACAAUAUUUGGCUGCAAAAGAGCUGAAGAAGCAGUCUUGGAGAUACCACAAAAAAUACAACACUUGGUUUCAGCGGCACGAGGAGCCGAAAGUCGCCACCGAUGAAUAUGAACAGGGGACAUACGUGUACUUCGAUUUCCAUGUGGCCAAUGACGAUCUAGGAAUAGGGAAAGGCCAAGGAUGGUGUCAGCGGAUCAAGACUGAGUUUACGUUCGAGUAUAAUUAUCUUGAAGAUGAACUUAUUGUAUAAAUGGUGUAGGACAGUUUGAAUCCUAUCAGCUUUCUAUUUCCAUUAUGAUUUAUUUUACUGUCAGAGUUAGAAUAGGAUUUUUAGUUUAUUUUCUACUUAUACUAGGCUAUCCGAAAAGACUGGAUU